UGUGUGUGCCCAUCUGACUGUCAACUGUUCGGACUAUUGUUGUUUUGAUUGUUGCUGCUCGGUUCGCCAGCCAAUUUCCUCUCCUGUGAUAACAACCGCGGCCACGCAAAAAAACAAAAAAACCUUCCCGCUCUCUCCCACUAGCCUCCCCAACCCCCCUCCCGUGGUGCCACCCUCCGUGAAAGGAAGGUACACGAUGCCCCGGAACGUGGCCCCAGCGAAGAAGCAAAGCAAACGAGUCCAGCCCGCACGGAACGCCGUACAGCCGGGCCACCGUCGAUAAGCGGGACGCCAUCGUCUUUGCACUGUGCGGAUUGGCCACCUCCCCCCCAAGCUCCCCAAGCCUCCUUUAUAAUCCAAGAGUGGCCUCCCGCCAUCGUUCCGGCACGCACAUUCCCGUUCCUUACGAUACGAGCGACCGUACGAUGGUGGUGGCGGUGGUGCGGUAGCGCGCAGUUUCUCGUCCACGGAGUGGUGGUGCGGCGUGUGAUUGUAUUUUCGUCCCCCGCCCGAGCUGACCGAUGCGGUUGGCAAGCGUCUCUGCCGCCCGCUUCCCCGCUGCCCGGUGCAGCAACCGGUGCCGAUGUGUGAUAGUUUGUGCAUUCCGUAGUUGUUUUAUUUGUGUAGCUUCGAGUUAAAAGUAGCCACCAUUCUUCGCCAAGACUGUUUACAUCCUGCCCCACCCCCUUCCCCUCCAUAUCCAAUUUGGUGCCAAAUUAACCGGACUCGAACUGUUUGCCGUCACCGUCACGCAUACACGCGUGCGCUUCCCCGAUGAGCCAGCUGUCCAGCAUUGCCACGUGUUUCGGGCACGUGGUGCUUGCGGCCGUUACCGGCUGGUCGCUCAAGUACCUGCCCGGCCCGACCGGUGCGCCCGGUGGGCCGCCGGCCGUCUGGCUGAUGCUCUGGUGCCUGCUGGCGUACAGUGCGCUCGGCAUCGUGCGCUACAGCCAUCCGCAGCCCGGCAAAGCGCUGCGGCUGCUGUACGACCAGGCGGCACUGGUCGCCCGGGUCGGCCCGUUGCCGCUGCUGAACGCGCAGCUCUACCUCGAGCCGGAGCAGACGCUUGGCCCGGCCCUGCCGUACCGGACCGCGCUCGGGUACGCCCUGCCGCUCACCGCCCUGGUCGCGUACGGCGUGUGCAACGUGCUGCGCGAUCUGAACCGGCGCCACAUCGGCGAGCACACGGCGACCGGCGUGCUGCUGCUAAAUGCCGCCGGUCUCACCCUGGUCGCGUCCAGCACGGACAACUACUGGGCGCUGGGGCUGGUCGUGUCGUACGUCUCGAAGCACUUCCUGCUGCCCGUGCUGGCCGAACGGUACCGCAUCCCGCCCGCCCUGCUGUACACGUACGGGCUGUGCUUUUACGAAAUCUUCGCCGUGAAUGCGGUGGCCGAUGUGCGAGCCGCCACGAUAUCGGUGAUCAUGUAGGGCCGAAACAAGCGCCGAGAAACAAACACACGCUUACGAAGCGCAACAAAUCUUGCACAACGGCACCAGUUUAACCUGCCCCUAGCCUUACAGGCCUAUCAUAUUGCGUUCGAUCUUCACUAGAACGUUCGUUUUUUGUACACUUUGCUUUCCCGCCAGGCAGAUUCAAGCCGAUAAAGGUUAAGAUUGGUAUCAAUUGUUGCCGGAAAUAGGCAAAUUAGAUCAAUUUUAAUUCCAUCAAAUUAAUUCAAUUGUGACCGCUGCCUACGUUUGUACACUUUCAUCACUCACACUUAACCUGUUUCCAACAAAAAAUGGAAAUAAUUGAUUUAAAAGCAGUGCGCAAUCAGCUUGUUUAUACUUACACCGCCCGCCGGUUGCUGCGACUACCACCUGUCGCUGGAGCAAGAACAAAAAAGUCGACGAAGCCGGCGAAUACGGUGCCAAUUUGUCUCCCGUUCGAUUCGUGUGCUUCCGCGUAUGAUAGAAGUGUGUAAGGGACAGGGAACGAUGUUUUAUAUACAUACAAACACACACACACACGCGUGGAUAUAUUUUCUAGCCGUAAAUGAUGUUCCAGACAAGGAAGAAAAGGGAGAAAGUGCGAUAGAGAGAGGACAGAGUAACGAUGUACAAGGGCUUACGACUUACGAGCUAUGCUAUUCAUAUACAUUCUAGAUAGUGGUACAAUUUUUGUAACGAUGUAACGUUUCUUACAUUUCCAAUGUUAUAGGGUGUUAAAGCAAAGGUCGAAAGCGAGGAGAGGUUUUUCAUACCAUUUUACAAAAAUAGACACUUUGAAAUCGAAGUGUAAACUACUGAUACCGGAACGCACAUCGCCAUAUCAUCGUUACAUCACACCAGCUAGGGAAAUGGAUUCCUUUUUUGUUUUUUUUUUUAUGAAGAUAGUAAACAACGUUCAGACAGCAGAAGUUAGGUGAAAUGUUAACAGUUAUGAAAUGGUCCAUUACAAGUGGCAGUAAGAAAUCGUUUAUGCUUAUUGUGCGUAUUAUGCUAGCUAUCAUUAAUUAACACAUAUGCAAACAUGGUGCAAUCAGGAGUUUUUUUUGUUUUAAGCUGAUGUUUCUACUAUUCAUAUAUAUAUAUAUAUAUAUAUACCAGUAAGUUGGGGCGAUUUAUUGUCUAGAAAUUUAUACAAUCAUAUGCAACACGUGCAUAGCAUGACCGCAAACUACUAAACAUGGCAUUCGCUAGCCACGACAAAAAGUACGCUAAAAUUCCAUUCGCUACGGGCUUGGCUUGCUUAAAAACCUUUCGCUGCUUCUAAUCGUAAGAAAUGGGUAACAAGGAAAAAAGAUUAAAAAAAAAAAGACAUGACUCAGAUAAAAGACAUCUUCCACGGCAACGCCUGGUGCAGCAUUGCUAAAUCGCUCGCUGAAAAACAAAAGGGUUUCAUAACAUUAUAUACAGGUAUUUAGUGGAAAACAAAGCAAACAUUCGGUACAAUUUUUGUAACAUGCACAAGAGCUGCGCGACCACCAGGGAAAUACGCGUAGCGAGGGAAAUAUCGAUUAGGAGAGGGAUAUGUUUUGAUAUGUGUAUGAGUCGAUGUAUUGUUAACGUCUGUUAUUAAUGUACGGUUUGAAAUAUAUAUAUAUAUUUACAAUGAAACAUUA